AUGAGCACCACGGCAGCAGACUACGUCACGCCAGUGUCAUCCCUAGCGGCACUCGACCGCAUCCUCGACAAGGCAGCUUCGAGAGCGGUCAUCAUUGACUUUUAUGCGACGUGGUGCGGGCCCUGCAAAGUCAUUGCGCCCGCCUAUCGCGAUUUGGCCAGCAAGUACCGUCAGGCGGUCUUUCUCAAGGUCGAUGUAGACCAAGCAAGGGACGUGGCCUCAAAGUACUCCGUCUCCGCUAUGCCGACGUUCAUCGUCCUCAAGAACAGAGCAAAAGUCGACCAGGUGCGGGGCGCAGACAAGGCAGCACUUGAACGAGCGAUCAAGAAACACGCAUCCGGCGAGGCUCAGUCUGGUCCCCACGCCUGGGGACAGGGUCAAUCGCUCGGCAGCAGCAAGCCCGUCUCUGCACCUACUGCAGACAUAGCCAACAAGAUCAAGCUCAAUCUCGGCGGGCUUGACGAUCAUGAAGCUAUGGGCCUCGGCUUGCUCGCAAUCUGGCUCGCCACUGUCUGGCUCUUCGCUUGA